AUGAGCAGGCCGGAGAAAAAGUCUUUAACUCGUCAUGAUUGUAUCAACUCAUACAAAUCCCAGCCAAGAAGACCCCAAAAAUCUCCAGAGCAAGUCUUUGGGCUUAUCCCCGAAACUUCUUUUACUAGCUCCCCCCGCGUGAACAAAAAAUAUUGUUCGCUCACAGAGGGGUUGAAUUUUUUUUAAAAAGUUUAAUAAUAAAUUUAUUUUCUAAAUUUAAAAAUCCUGAUUGGAGAGUAAUUUGUUUUAAAUGCGGCUGUUUAAAAUUAAUAAUAUUAGCGAGAGAUUUCAUUCUAAUAGUUAUCACUUAAAAUCAAAUUAUUUAUUUCAUAAAAAAAAUUUAUAUUAAAAACAUUUUUAGUUGUAUUUGGGCAACAAAUAGAGAUUUUUCCUAUGGUUCUGUUUGCUUAUGGAGAGGGAGUAAGCAUCAAUUUACUCCUCGAAGAAUCGAAUGAAUUCGUAACUACAACCUUUAUGCUUCUUUCGAUGAAAAAUCUCUUUAUUUAUUUGAUAGCUUUGGCACUCUUAAAAAUACUUGCACUUUCUUUGAUAUUUUACGAGUUCACGCAUGCUGCUGUUUUACUUAUAUUGAGCCUUACCACGUUUUUGUUGUAAUCAGUACAGAUUUCAGGCUAUUUUUGCUGUCUGAUCUAUUUGAAAUAUGAAGAAUGGAAACUCUAGGCCCAGGAAGGAUUCAGCAUGUCACAUAUAUUCAUUCCUCAAACCAUCUAAUUUUAUGUGGAAUUUCUAAUAUAACAGUUAUGAAGCUUAUAUGUGAAAGCAAAUAUGAUAUAGAAAAAGGACUCUUAUUAGACCCUGGUGGAGGAUUUGUAAAGUUCGAGAUAGAGCUAAUAAAAAGCAUUGAUUUACAGAUGAAUUGGAUGAAAGGGAUGCGAAUUGAUAAAAAAUUCGAGAGGCUUUCUGUCUGGAGCGAAAGCUCAAUUGCUGUGCUCAGUUUAGGAACUUAUGACCUACAAAAUCAAGCUGACGAUCUAUGCCCUGGAACAUUGAUUACAGACACUUUAUAUUGCCCACCACAAGGAUACUGUGUAUGUGCCACAAGUGAAGGCCAAAUUUUUGUAUAUAAAUUAGGGUCAAGAUCAAAGCCAAUCCAUACCUUUGAUGGACAUAAUCGGUCAAUUUUAGCCUUAGCAGCCCAUUCAAAUCCUAAUUUAUUUUUAAGUGCAUCUAUUGACUGCACUAUGAAAAUAUGGAGUAUUGAGCAUUUUCAUUUAAUUUAUACUUUUAAAACUCAUUCAAGCCCUACAAAUCCUAUUAAUUUUAUAUCAUUUAUUGACUCAAACACUUUAGCGACGUACACUGGAAACAAAUUAAGCAUUUCCAGGAUCAAUCUUGUAGGUGAUUUUUUUGCAAUAUCAAAAAGUGCAGUAAAAGAAAUUAAGUGAAUAAACAAAUUCAUAGGAGUUUUAAGUGAGGACAAUAGCGUAAUUUUAUAUGAUUUGACUGGAAAGCUAGUAACAACGAUUUAUCCUCCUCCAACAGCAAAUGAUGUAAAAGAGAUGUUUUAUAUAAAAGAAAUUGAUAGGGUUCUUUUAUUACUUUAUUCAGGCUCAAUGUGCAUUUUUCGAUAUGAAGGAGAAACAGGCCUGCUUGAAAAAAUUAUAUACACUGGAGAUAUAAAAGAUUCUGAAAAUCGAGCUGUUCUAGCUCCAGUUAAAGCUUUUAAACCUUUGAAUGUAAAACCUCCACAUUAUGACUGUGAGCUCGCAAUUAAAAAAAAGCUAAAAGACGAUCUUGAUUUUUUUGAAUCCCAUGCAGCAAGAAAUCCUCACAAGUUUGCAGCAAUGUCAGUUGGGAAAGGAGCUUUGCUAUUUAUGCAGGUUGAAAAUCUGGAUUCUAUAUAUGGAAGAUAUAUUCUCCAUAGAGAAGUUAUACUAAUGAUAGAAGAACUUCCUGGGUAUUUAAUUACUCUAUGUGCAGGUAAUAUUUUAUUAAUUUCAUUUUUCAGUGAAAAUCAGUUACAAAAAGCUAAGAAAAUUGAUAUUAGAAGAAAUUUGAGCACAUUUAGAGCUUUAUCGCCAUCAAAAAUAUUUUUAGGCUUCGAAUCAGGGCAAUCUGAGCUGCUUCGAAUUGAAAAUAAAAGUCUCUAUAGACUGACAAAUAAAGUCCCAGAUGCAGAUUCUGCAGUUCUGUCAAUUGAUCUCAUUGAAGAUUUCCAAAUUUUUUUAACAGCAGCAAAUAAUCAAAAAAUUCGUUUAUGAAAUUUUAGCAAUCAAUUAAUUCAAGAAAUAAUUUUUCCACAACGUGUAAAAUCAUUACUAUUUCUUGAUCAAAAAUCCUUAUUAGCAGCUACAGGAUCAGUUAUUUCUAUAGUAAACCUUUGCAGCUAUAAUCUAUCGACUGAGGAGGAAGAAGAAGAAAUUCUUCCAGAGGAUUAUUUUAAAGAUUCAAAUAAUGAAGCAAUAAAGAAAGCAGAAAGUGGAAGUGAAGACGGGUCAUCAGAUGAUUUAGAAUUAAAUAUAGAUAAUGAGCUAUCCAGAAGAGAGUCUAAGUAUUUCCAAGAAGAGCAUGCUGUUACACCAGAAUAUUGAAAUAAAGUUCUUAAUUCUUAUCACAAUACAGCUAAAAGCUUUAACCCAAAAAUGCGUGACAAAUCAGAAAAAAGAUCUUUUAAGAAGAAACCCACAAAUAAGAGAAAAACUAAAAAAAAUAAUAUAAGGUCGCUAUCUAGGCCAAGGAUCCAGAAAAGACCGCCAUCCCCAUUGUCUGUAGCAAUCCAAGAAGGGUAUAAAGAAGUUAUCACUCAAAAAUUGCCUUUAAUAUAUGAGCGAAGAAGAUUUGAGCCACAAAAUUUGUUGACAAGAAGACAACUAACUGAGGAAAAAAUUGUCACCAAUGUCAAAAGAUAUGGAGAUCCUGCUGACCGAGUAGAUCACACUGGGCUCUGCGUAAUAGAUGAAGCUUUAUACUUUCAAGAAAUAGAGAAGCUCAGGGCAAAGAGAUAA